AUGCGAAAAAGAAAUGCGGCAGUAAAACCGACCUCGAAAUUUGCUGAACUUCGUGCCUUACGUGAAGCUGGAAAAACUAGAGCUACCGUUUAUGAGGACAAAGAGGAAGAUGAUUUAUAUGAUAAAGUCUCAGAAGAAGAAUACUUGAAGGUUGUUCGACAGCGUUUAGAUCAAGAUGACUUUGUAGUAGACGAUAACGGAGCUGGAUACGUUGACAAUGGUUAUGAUGAAUGGGACCGAGGUUACAGUGACGAUGAAGAGGAAACUGAAGAAACAGGGUCGAAGAAGCCAAGGAAGAAAAAAACCAAGCAUGCUUUAGCAGACAACAACAGUCAGCCUAUUAGCUCAUUUUUCAAAGCCAAGCCCAUUCAGCCAAGCAAUCAUAGUCUGAAGCAUCAAUCCAAUAAUGAUGAUGAUUUUAUGGCUCAAAUUUUGGGUUCAGUCGAUCAGGAUCUCACGGAUGCGCCGUCUACCAAAAGUAAGCUUUCGAAGGGUAAAGCACAAGCGACUGUAGGCGUCGCUAAAACAGCGUCUACAAACCUUUUUUCAAACCUAGAUGUUAUGCAAACGCCAUCACCAUCGACAACGGAAAAUGAAUCUUUUCGUUCUUUAACAGCUCAUCAGUCUCAAACUGCUGAAGAUGCACCAGUUCCAAGUUCUUUAGUUCUUGCUGAUGAUAAAGAAAACUUUAGUGACGAUCUCGAUCUGGAACCAGUGCUUCCAGAAAAACCAGAAGAUUCCAACCAGAUGGAAGAAGACGAAGUUUCGGUUCCAGAUGAAAGCGCAGCCCCUAUUUUGAAUAAUCCAAUAAAGGAACCGAUUCUUCCAGCUAUAUCUAACCUUCCAUCUUCGUUUGCACCACCCUUGUCGUCCGAGUUAGACACUUCAGCUUUUACAGAACUUAACUCUCACCUACACAAUUUGGAAGUCCUUGAUCCUCCGGCUGUCAACAAAAGCCAUUGCAUCUCUCCCAGUGAUGUCGUAGAAGAUGAUGGGUCUUUGAAUUUUUUUUGGUUGGACUAUACGGAAAUAUAUGGUAGCCUCUGUCUUUUUGGAAAGGUUUAUGAUAAAAAGUCCAAGAGCUUCGUCUCUACAUUCCUUAAAGUUGAUGGUAUUAUGCGUUCUUUAUUCUUUUUACCUGCUGCCUCAAAUGGACAAUCUUUAUCUUCUUCGGACCAGCAGAAAAAAGUAUAUGAUGAAGUCUCAGGAUUUCUUUCCAAAUUAGGUGUAAAGGAAUGGAAAUCCAAAGUUAGCAAGUAUAAGUAUGCGUUCGAGUUAGAUGAUAUUCCAAAGGAAACUGAUUAUUUAGAAGUCCUAUAUUCCUAUUCUUACCCUCAAUUUCCUUCUGAUCUAAAAGGCAAUACCUUUUCUCAUGUAUUUGGUACAAAUACUUCGUUGUUUGAACAGUUUGUCCUCACUCGAAGAGUUAUGGGACCUUGUUGGUUAAAGAUUCAAAACCCAAAUUUUGAUUCUGUACGCAAUGCUAGCUGGUGCCGUGUUGAAGUCGGCUGUUCUUCUGCUCAUGGAAUUUCAGUAACAAAUGAGUCCAAAUUACCUCAAACGCCUCCUCUAACUGUGAUGAGUCUGGCUUUUCGCACUCUUAUAAAUUCCGCAUCAAACAAACAGGAAAUGGUUAUGAUUAGUGCUAGAGUUUACGAAAAUGUUCAUAUUGAUCGGGGGCUUUCAGCUAAUGAUAUGCCAUCUUUUACAUUUACCAUUAUUCGUCCUCUAAAACAGAUUUUUCCUAACGGUUUUGAAAGUAUCACGCGCAACCAUAAACCUCCGAUUUAUUGUGAAAGGUCUGAGAUUUCUUUAUUAAAUUCAUUCUUAAAUAAGGUACAGGAUUACGAUCCAGAUGUUUAUGUUAGUCAUGACUUCGAAACUAUGUACUCAGUCCUACUUUCAAGGUUGAAAGACCGUAAAAUUCAUAACUGGCAUAGCAUUGGGCGUCUUCGUCGAGGUGAUUGGCCACGCUCUUAUAACAGGAGUAGUCUACAAUUUGUGGAAAGACAAAUAGCAUGCGGAAGAUUAAUCAGUGAUCUUUCCAAUGACUUUGGAAGAUCUAUGAUUAAAGUCCAAUCUUGGAGCUUAUCCGAGAUCGUUCAAAAAGAACUCAACAUUAAAAGACAGGAUAUCAAUCAAGAAAAGGCUUUGCAGUCGUGGACCGAUACAGCUCGUGGAUUGCUUGAUUAUGUUACGCAUUGUGAAAUUGACACUUACUUUAUCGCUGCUGUUGGUUUCCAGGUGCAAAUGUUGCAACUAUCAAAAAAUCUGACUAAUAUAGCCGGUAACUCAUGGGCUAGGACUUUGGCUGGUACCCGAGCCGAAAGAAACGAAUUCAUUCUUUUGCACGAGUUUAAGAAAAAUGGUUAUAUUGUUCCGGAUAAACAGUAUAAUACCAAACGGAACGUUGACAUCCUUGACUUGGAAGAUUCGGAGUUUCAAGAAGAAACACCUGGAAAGAAAAAAGAUAAAUAUAAAGGUGGUUUGGUUUUUGAGCCUCAGAAAGGGCUAUAUGAUACGUGUAUACUAGUUAUGGAUUUUAACAGUUUGUACCCUAGUAUUAUUCAGGAGUACAACAUCUGCUUUACUACUGUGCAACGUUCUUCUUCUACUAAAGAUGGUGAAGACCAAAUUCCCGAUGUUCCUACUGCUUCAAGUGAACAGGGAAUCUUCCCUCGUCUAAUCGCAAAUUUGGUUGAUCGCCGUAGAUUAAUUAAAGGCCUGUUAAAAGACAAAACGGCCACUCCAACUCAGCUAUUACAAUGGGAUAUUCAACAGCAAGCCCUUAAGCUGACGGCGAAUUCAAUGUAUGGAUGUUUAGGUUACACUAAAUCUCGUUUCUAUGCUAGACCUCUAGCUGUUCUAAUUACUUAUAAAGGAAGGGAAGCUUUAAUGAACACAAAGGAACUUGCUGACGCUAUGGGAUUACAAGUUAUUUACGGUGAUACAGAUUCUGUCAUGCUCAAUACGAACGUUACAGAUAAGCAGCAAGCUCUUAUAAUCGGUAAUGAAUUCAAGGAAAAGGUGAAUGAAAGGUACAGGAAGUUAGAAAUCGACGUUGACAAUGUCUACCAGCGUAUGUUACUACAUGCUAAGAAAAAAUACGCAGCUUUACAAGUUGAUGAUCAAGGAAAUUCGGUUUUGGAUGUUAAAGGUCUUGAUAUGAAGCGUCGAGAGUAUUGUAUGCUUGCGAAAGAAGCUAGUAAGUACUGCUUAGAUCAGAUUUUAUCUGGUGAGCUUUCAGAGACAGUCGUCAGCAACAUACACAUCUAUCUUUCUGAAUUCGCUGAUCAAAUGAAGAGUGGGAAAUUUACAGCCAACAAAUUUAUUAUCUUUAAUCGUCUCGGCAAAAACCCUGAAGAUUAUCCAAAUGGUAAAACGAUGCCGUUUGUACAGGUAGCGUUAAAAAAGAAAGCUAGAGGAGAAAAUGCGCGCGUUGGCGAUGUAAUCCCUUUUAUUAUUACAGGCUCAGACUCAGAAGGGCAUCCUGCUGAUCGUGCUUACAGUCCCCAAGAUGUUAUGAAUCCAAGUAACAAUUUGAUUGUAGAUUAUAAUUAUUAUCUGACACAUCAAAUUCUUCCUCCAGUUGAAAGAGUUAUCGCCCCGAUAGAAGGCACCAACCGCGCCCGUUUGGCUGAAUGUUUAGGAUUGGAUCCUAAAAAGUACUAUACCUAUGAAGCAUCAGAGUCAUCAGCUUUUGAGAGAUACGAAAGCACUUUAUCGGAUGACCAAAGGUUUACGAAUGUUUCACCUAUGGUUUUGAGAUGUCCGAGUUGUUUUGCAAUCUCGUUUACGAUGCCUAAUGUUAAAUCAAUCCAAGAAACGUUAUUUGUAAAUACAGUCGAAUGUGAUUGCGGCUUUGAAUAUCCCACGUUUAUGAUCGUUCUGCAAUUUACUACCCAAAUUCGGUAUUUUAUAAACCUUUAUUAUGAAGGUGUUUUAGUAUGUGAUGACUCUUCGUGUGGAAAUCGAACUAGACAGAUGAACGUCUACGGGAAACGGUGUUGCAAUGGCAAUUGCCGGGGAAAUAUGGCUUUUGAGUAUAAUGAUAAGAUGCUUUACAAUCAAAUCAAGUUUAUUCUGAAAGCUGUACAAAAUACAAACGGCGCAACACGCAACGGCAUUCUGCGAUGCAAUGCUCUGAGCAACAGUCUAUCUAAGUUCAUGAACAAUAAUGCUCGUGAAUUUGUGGAUAUGGCAAGCAUUUUUUCUUCUUGA